GGUGACAUUUCCUGCCUCCAGGGGCCGAGGCGAGAAGAGAGAUGAGUUGCUGAGUGUGCACACCUUUCAGGAGCACACAGACACACCCUGCUCUGGGAUCCCUUCAUUGGCUGGCCCCAUGGAGUUCCCCCUGACCCAGGUAUGCCCCCAAGGGAGUCACAAAGCCCCCGCCCAGACCUUCAGCACCUUUCAGCCCAUGGACUUGACCCGUAGGAGCUGCCAGGGCCUGGGCUUGCUCUCGGGGCCCAGACUGCAGACCCUGAGGGCUGAGGAGGCCCAGCCCAGCGGCACAGCCCCAGCAGGCCACUCUGCGGUAUUGCCCCAGGCACCUGGGGCUGCUUGUCCCCCAGACGAUGCUGAGGAGGUGCCUGCGGAGGAAGGAAGCCUGUCCCUACAGGCCGAGAUCCGGGCUUGGUUCCAGAAGACCCAGGCCCACUCGCUCCUGCAGCACGGGGCAGCCCCUGCCUGGUUCCAUGGCUUCAUCACCCGGAGGGAAGCCGAGAGGCUGCUGGAGCCCAAGCCUCAGGGAUGCUACUUGGUGCGGUUCAGCGAGAGCGCGGUGACCUUCGUGCUGACGUACAGGAGCCGGACUUGCUGCCGCCACUUCCUGCUGGCCCAGCUCAGGGACGGGAGCCACGUGGUGCUGGGCGAGGACAGCGCCCACGCGCGGCUGCAGGACCUGCUGCUGCACUACACGGCACACCCGCUCAUCCCCUAUGGGGAGACGCUCACCGAGCCCCUCGCCCGCCAGCAGAUUCCAGAGCCUACAGGACUUUCCCUGAGGACUGAAGAACCAGAUUCUGGAAGCAAAACCCAGGACCCAAACCCUCAGUACAGCGCAAUCAUCAAACAAGGGCAGGCCCCAGCCCCAACGCAAAAAGAAGGGGCCUGGGAGCCAAAGGAGCCCUCCCAGCUGCCCAGGCCCAAGCCUCCAAUCCCCGCCAAACCUCAGCUGUCCCCCGAAGUCUACACGAGUCCCCAUCCGCGACCCCGCCGGGCCCCACGCCCCAAGCCCACCAACCCUAUCUACCAUGAGCCUGAUGAACCCAUAGCCUUCUACGCCAUGGGCCGGGGCAGCCCUGGGGAACCCCCCAGCAACAUCUAUGCCGAGGUAGAAGGCGAAGACCCACCAUCCGUGCCAGUGCACCCUGUCCUAUAGAAGUGCCAGUCCAGACCUGUCCCAGGAGGCCAGAAUCCAGGUGGGCCACAGCUGCAUUCUGAGACCUCUGUGGCUGGACAAGGCCCUCCCCUGCCCCACAAGCCCCCAUUUCCCUGGAGACACACCCUUCCCCACAAUCUUUCUAGAUAGAUGCUUCUGGACAAAGGACAGGCGUGGCUCCUCCUUGGGCCUCCUCAGUAGGUGGUGAGUCUGAGCAGGGGGAGAAUAACUUAGAACAUCAGGUCCAAAGACCAUCACACAUACCUGGGCACCCUUCUCAGGAAAUAUGGAUGGAACAAACAAUAGGUGAUCAAAGCUGGAAAGGAUCAGCCAUCAUCUAUUGCAAGGAUGGCAAAGAUGUCGUCUUGGAUGUCAACUCCAAUCCAUUGGUCCUGGCUGCCUAGAUCACUGCAUUGGAAAGGAUGUUAAGGUCAUAUCUGAACUCAGGAGAAAAGAACACUGUGAUUGAUUAGUGAUGUCUGCCUUGGGUGAGGGAGGGAGGAUGAGCAGCAUUUCAUUUGCCCUUACAGAUCAAGUCCAAGUCCCUCACUGUGCAGAUAAGGAAACAAAGCCAGAGAGGUAUAGUGACUUGACCAAGGUCAAGGACUAGAACCUAGGCUUCUUGAUUCCCAUUUAGUGCUCUGUCCCUUACCCCACAUCCACAAACUCUCCUCCACUGGAAAUAUCAAAGAUUUGCCCAGACAGGAAAUCUGGCUGCUUUCCAGAGUGCUGCCACGCAGGGGCCUAAGUGCUGGAUCCCAGCUUAACCCUGUCCCCCUGACAGGCCUGGCCCCACUCAAAAAAGCCUGGAGGUCAGAGGAGCAAAUGUAGAGUCCGUUUCCUCUUAAGGACAUGCCCACUGGCUCCCUCCUGCGAGUCCCCAAGAACCCAGUGGCUCGGUGCUUGGCGAUCCUCUAAGACGGCAAGCAAGCAUAUUAGGAGGGCCCUGCUGGCUCCCACUGCCCUGGUUUCUCCUCCUGGAGUCUAAUUUCCUCGGCCCUGUGAGCCUUUGAGUCUGGGCCCUGGUCCAAGGCUGCUGUUAUCUGAGGAAUGGUUUGGUGAGAACAGAUGUUAGAACUUGUUUGUUGAUUCUUGUCUGGCUAAUAAAUCAUCACCAACUGCCUGCCC